AUGUCUUUCUUAUCAGAAUCGCCCUCGGGCGUGGCCCCCGCGACCAGCGCCGCUACCCGUCGGCCGCCGCGUAAGAGCACCUUGACUCAGCAACAAAAGAACAACAAGCGCCAACGGGCUAGCCAAGAUCAACUCGUCACCCUCGAGGUCGAAUUCAACAAGAACCCUACGCCGACUGCUGCUACCCGGGAGCGCAUCGCUGCAGACAUUAACAUGACGGAGCGAUCUGUACAAAUCUGGUUCCAGAAUCGUCGCGCAAAAAUCAAGAUGCUUGCUAAGAAGAGCAUUGAAACGGGCGAGGGUUGCGACUCUAUUCCCGAAUCAAUGCGCCACUAUCUCGCGAUGCAGUUCGACCCUAGCAACCCUGGAACCCGGGACCCCUUUGGACGCGCUGCAGGUUAUGGAACCCCUGGCAUGUAUGCGAACGAGGCCAACCCAUCUGGCAAAGUCGUCAUCUCGCAUUUCACCUGCCGCUCUUUGACAGUCGGUAGCUGGCGGCGCAUUGGCCAGAAUGCCAUGGACCUUGUCAUUUUCUACUCGCCCGACAAGGCGUGCAUGACCUACUAUAUCAACAACGAUUCCGCUGGUUACAAAAUCGAGUACCCCUUCUCCUACAUCAAGAACAUCACUUUGGAAACUGGAGACCAGAAUCCCGGCCCAAAUGGCGCCCCUUCUCGGCCUGGUGGCUUGGUGGUGGAACUUAACCGUCCUCCACUGUUUUACAUGGAUUCCUCCAACUCGGGAGGCUUCUACCAGUGCGGCGAUUUCACCGAGGAGCAGCAAGCAAGCCAGAUCAUGGUUCACCACUUAGGAGGCCAUCCCAAGGUCUUGAGUGUCCAGCUGGCCAAGCUGGUGUCUCUGGAGUCCUUCCAGAAUCGCCUGGCCUAUAACAACAACAAUACCUUUGCUGUUCCCGCCGCACCUGCUGCCAUGUCGCCUCCUUUCAUCCAACGGCCUGCCUCUCAGCCCAACCAAUUUGCACCUGCGGCCUACUUGAACCUGUACCAGGACCACAACCACUUGGGAUUCAACAUGCCAGCUGCUCGCGGCCACAAGCGUCAACGAAGUCGCUCUGUACCGGUAGCAGUUGAUAUCGCGGCGCUGCAAGCUCCCAUGCACUCGUUCCACAUGCCCCAGACCCCCGCUCCGUUCAACCACCAAGACACCGGCAUUUACGCCCCGGUUCCACAGUCAGCUCACCAUGCUCUGCCUACGGAUCUGCGUAUCGAUACGGAAAGCUACGGUCUUGACUUCCGGACGAAUUCCAUGUCUGCAACCACGGCCGGGUCGCCAUCGGACUUUGCUAGUCCAUCCAUGUUCAGCAGUGCUGCCCAUGGCGAUUCCACCCCCGUUGCCAGCAUGGCCCCCCAGUUCAACGUUACUCAAUUCGCCGCAGGACCAUCCGACUCAUCAACAGUUGGAUCACACGCCGCGUCGCCCUACUCUGGCGUUAGCCCUGCUGACCCCAUGAUUGCUAAUCACUCCCCACCUCUAUCCAACAUGUCUCACGCUUCAUCGGAUAUGUAUGGAUUUGCGCACGAUCAGCAAUCGGGCUUUGUCGAGGAUGGGCUUUCGAUGAACGACAUGUAUGCCAAGCAUAACGUGAACUACACGGUCUCCCACGAUGCCCCCAGCUUUGAGCUGCCGAUGCAUGGCAUGUCUGGCCACGCCUCCCCAUCACUAGGCGAUUACUCCCACGGCAUGGUCAACCUUGAUGAAAUCAACUCUCAUGGCUUGCCUACAGGGUCGUGA